CAGGAAACAGAGUCAUUCGUUUGACAGCUUUUGAGACGAAACGUAUUAACGUUCUGAAGGGAAAAAAUUUGAUCUUUCCCUGCAGGUCCUGGUCAAUACCGCCAUUGCUUUGUAUAAACAUAUUACAGCUGACAUUGUGUAAGCUCCGUGUGGUGGAUCUGGUCAGAAUCCAACACCCUUUUAAAAGGUUCACACGGAGACCCGUUCAAUUUUGGAUUCAGGGCCUGCUUUCAUUGAAACUUGUUUGGAUGCUUCUGUUUUGAGCUCCCUAUUCAGCUUUCUGUGCCUGGUUUCUUUGUGGGUUUUGUGUUGGAAUAGGAUUUGAUUCAAUAUUUUGGCUGCUUUGGGGGAGAACAAUUCUGGGUGUGAUUGAUUAUCUCCUAUUGUGUUUAAAGUUCAAAUCUUGAUGGGAAAAUCCUUGGUGGGUCUGUGAGGAUUUUCUUGUGCAAGGAAAAUUGGGAUUGGAGGUGUUCUGUGGAGGAAAGUUUGAAUAUUGGGUUGGUGGCAAAUUGUGAAAGUUUCAAGCUUUUGGUGAAGUUUUGGGUGAUGAAGGUGUUCUAGGGUUUUGGUUAUGAGAGGUUUAGGGAUUGAUGAAAUGAGAAGGAUAUUGAACGUUCGGAAUCAUAAUACUACAACAAAUGGGUCUUAUGAGGACAAGUCGUUUCGUAGUUUUGGUUACUCUGCUUUGUGUUUCAGCUUUGAUCAGCUCAGAGGAGAGAGUGAUCACAGAAGAAGUGUUUCUCAGUAGACUAGUUGAUCCAGCAACUGGAAAGAUUGAUGGAGAUAUGGCACAGCUGUUAUGGGUACGUUGCAAGGUAGAUUUGACCCAUUUGGUGGAAACUAUUCAAGAUCUUCACUUAUGGUUACCAGAGGAAACAUAUAUUAGUGCAGAUGAAAUUAGUUCAAAAAGACAGUCACUGGAAGAAGUAAAUGUGCAGAAACUUAUUAGUGUCCUGCAUCCUCAGGUGAAACAAACUCUUUCAGAUUGUUUCAGAAAGAAUAAUCUCUUUUUCCGUGUCUCUGGAAAAGAGAAUGCCUCCAAGAUUUGGUAUGCCAAGUAUAUUGAGUCCCUAUUUCCCAGACCUGUUCCAAGAAGGAAUAUGGGCAGUGAAUUGCUCCAGACCUCUGCUGAGGUACCUUCUCCUGCCCCUGCACCAGGAUCUUCUAAAUUCAGUCCAGCAUCAUCCCCUGGUCCUGCACAAGGAUCAUUUUUUCCUUCCAUGCCCCGAAAUUCGAGUUCACAACCUUCAGUUAGUGAACCAGCUCCCAGCACCAUUAUACAGAUAACUAAGAAAAAGACUGACCAUAAACCAAUUAUCAUUGCAGUUGUUGUAACUGCAACAGUGACAUUUGUUGUUGCAGCAGUCUUCUUUUUAUGCUGUACUAAAAUCUGUAGGACACGGCGUAAAGAUAGAAAAAAUGAUGAGAGCCCCCUUCUUUGCCUGAGUAAAUCCGACUCUGGAGGUUCUUCUUACAAGUCUUAUCCUUUGGAAAAUUCAAUAAAAGGAGAGAAGAUUGAGCAUCAAUCAUUGGAAUUAGGAUCCAUUGGACGUGCAUCCAAAUCCCGGUAUGAAGUGUUUGAGGCAUCCAGCAAUGGGAACGGAUGGAUACCACCUCCUCCUGGAAGGCCUCCUAAUGGACCGCCUCCUCUGAAGCCCCCUCCUGGCAGGGCAAAUCCUCUCCCUCCUGAGCCACCUUCUUCUUUUAAGCCUCCUCCUGGCAGGGCGGGUCCUCCUCCAACCCCUCCGCCUCCUGUACCACCUCCCACUUUGAAACCAUCUGGUGGUGCAGCCCCUCCCCCACCACCUCCAGCUCCUGGUCCUCGGCCCCCACCAUCUCCAGCUCCUGGUCCUCGCCCCCCACCACCUUCAGCUCCUGGUCCUCCUCCCCCACCACUUCCAAAGAUUGGUGUACCUCCUCCUAGGCCACCUCCAUCAAUGCCUAUAGGUUCUAAGCUAGCUCGACCUCCACCAUUUGCACCAAAGCGUCCAUCAAAUGCUGCUUCGAGUGAUGGCUCAGAGGCUGAUGGUGAUGCUCCUAAAACCAAGCUGAAGCCCUUUUUUUGGGAUAAGGUUCUAGCAAACCCUGAUCAUUCAAUGGUGUGGCAUCAGAUUAAAUCAGGAUCUUUCCAGUUUGAUGAGAACAUGAUUGAAUCUCUGUUUGGGUAUAAUGCUGGUGAUAAAAACAAAAACGAUCGUAAGAAGGAGUCUUCAUCCCAAGAUCCUACACCCCAGUUCAUUCAACUUAUUAAUCCCAAAAAGGCACAGAAUCUAUCAAUUCUUCUCCGAGCUUUGAAUGUGACAAUAGAAGAAGUCUGCGAUGCAAUUUGUGAAGGAAAUGAGCUUCCCAUUGAAUUCGUUCAAACUUUGUUGAAGAUGGCACCAACACAAGAAGAAGAACUAAAGCUCAGGGUGUUCGAUGGUGCACUUUCUCAACUUGGGCCUGCUGAACGGUUCUUAAAAGGCUUAAUCGACAUCCCUUUUGCCUUUAAACGGUUGGAAGCCUUACUUUUUAUGUGCACUCUUCAGGAGGAGGUCACCAACCUUAAAGAAUCCUUCGCAACCUUAGAGGUUGCUUGCAAGGAACUCAGAAACAGCCGGCUUUUCCUCAAGCUUUUAGAAGCUGUUCUUAAAACUGGCAAUCGCAUGAAUGAUGGAACAUUUCGUGGUGGUGCACAGGCAUUUAAGCUGGACACACUCUUGAAAUUGUCAGAUGUAAAGGGAACAGAUGGCAAGACAACUCUUUUGCACUUUGUUGUUCAGGAAAUAAUCCGCUCUGAGGGUGUGAGAGCUGCUCGUGCAGCAAAAGAGAACCGGAGUUUCUCUAGCGUCAAAACAGAUGAUCUCCUUGAGGAAACUUCCCAUGACACAGAAGAGCACUAUUGUAAUCUUGGUCUGGAGAAAGUAUCAGGUUUAAGCAAUGAACUCGAGAAUGUAAAAAAAGCGUCAAUUUUGGAUGCUGAUAGCUUAACAGGAACUGUUGCCAAACUUGGAAGUGCUCUGGUAAAAGCCCGAGAUUUUCUGAACUCAGACAUGAAGAAGUCAGGGGAAGAAAGUGGUUUUCAUGAAACACUGAAGAGUUUUGUGCAGAAUGCUGAUGUUGAUAUCAGGGGUCUCCAUGAGGAAGAAAAGAGAAUCAUGGCUCUGGUAAAGAGCACUGGAGACUAUUUCCAUGGGAAUGCAGGGAAGGAUGAGGGUUUACAUUUGUUUGUUGUUGUGCGGGAUUUUUUAAUAAUUUUAGAUAAGGUAUGCAAAGAAGUGAGAUUGAAUCCAAAAAAGUUCACAAAGGUUCAGAAAAAGGAGGCACCUUCCUCUGAUCCCCACCAGCCUCCUACAACGCCAUCUGCCUCUGAUCCCCACCAGCCUCCUUCUCCUGGUCUACGCCAGCCUCCUUUUCCAGAUCUCCAUCAGCGGCUUUUCCCGGCAAUCAAGGAUCGGCGCAUGGACAAUUCUAGCUCAGAUGAUGAAGGUCCAUAGAUUUCCAUCUCGAGAAGGUGGUAGAAUCACAAUGACAAAAUGCCUGCUCGGUUCUUUUUGAGAUGUAAAUCUGGAUUCGGUUCCAGAAGCUGGAGCUUAGCCGGUGGCAUAAUCCUCUCUCUUUAAGAUGGUGUUUGGCCAUAUACAACCAAGUUGGACCCGACAUCACUACAUUGACCUUCAUUGUUAUUUGGUGUCCUGUUGAUAAUGGAAUUGCAACAAAACAGUUUGAUGGUUGCCUUGGGAAUGCUCACAUCAGUUAUUUAGUUAGCGGACCUUUUUUUUUUACUUAAUUCUUUGUUCAUAGGUUUGAUCGUUUUGGAGUAAAAAGGUGUAGCAAGGUAGUUGUUAUUGAUAAGUAGAAUUGUUCAUCUUACUAUCAGGAAUGAAAUUUUUUGAUCUGUUGAUUAAUUUUCA